AGCCAUCUCGAGCUGAUGCCUGAUCAUCUGCCUCAUGAUUUCGACAAGAAGCUUGUUCUGACGAGGCUCCAUGCAGGAAGUCCUGCUGUGAGCUUGCAAGAUGAUGAUACUUUCUACAUCAUGACCAAGGUUGAUUUCUCAGAUCACAAGUCAUGGGUGCUUGCUGUCAACACGAGCACCAAGGCUCUGCAAGGGCUGGCUGAGUUUGGCGCCGAAAGAUGUGUUGGUUUCAAUUACACAUACACUCAAAGUGGGAUAUCCAAACAUACGGGCAUCGAGUCAAAUGCACUUCCUCACAAGCAUCCUCAGGCUUUAUGGAAUUUAUUCCCAAUCCUGGGGAAAAAGGGUGGUCCUCCAGUCCCAAAUGCCAUUGCGCAAGGGGUGGCUCUCGAGCUGAACCUGUUUGAGGCCCUGACUUGACGUGGCCCUGAGGUGUCGUGAGGCAGACAGCAG